AUGGUUCCGCCGGCAAAGCAGAGGAGGAUGGCAGAGGCUUCUCAGUCCGACCCUGCUGAAGGAGCCAGGAGCUACGGCGGGGGCGGGAGCGGGGGUGGGGGCGUGAGCGGGGGCGGAGGCGGGGACGGCGGCGAUGGUGACAGCAGCGUAAGGGAGCAAGAUCGUUUCCUCCCCAUCGCCAACAUCACUCGAAUCUUGAAGAAGGCCCUGCCCAACCACGCAAAGGUCGCCAAGGAGACCAAGGAGACGAUGCAAGAAUGCGUGUCUGAGUUCAUCAGUUUUAUCACCAGCGAAGCUUGUGAGCGGUGCAUGACGCUAAAGAAGAAGACGAUCAACGGGGACGAUGUGCUGUGGUCAAUGGCGACGCUUGGGUUUGAAGAUUACGUUCCGCCGCUGAAGCUGUAUCUCGGCAAAUAUCGCCAAUCAGAGGGUAUUGAAGAUUCUCCAAUGAGAGAAAUGUGGGGGUCUUACCCUAACACAUACACAACAGGAGAAAACCAGGUUCUUCAACAAAAUUUUCUUGCACAAAACAUGAACUAUGGGAAUCAUCAGGAUGGUGAAGGUUCUGCAAGCAGAGAAAUGGGGGUAUCUCACCCUAUCACAAACACAACCGGAGAAUACCAAGUUCUUCAACAAAAUUUUCUUGCACAAAACAUGAACUAUGCGAAUCGUCAGGAUGGUGAAGGUUCUGCAAACAGAGAAAUGGAGGUAUCUCACCCUAUCACAAACACAACCGGAGAAUACCAAGUUCUUCAACAAAAUUUUCUUGCACGAAACAUGAACUAUGCGAAUCAUCAGGAUGGUGAAGGUUCUGCAAGCAGAGAAAUGGAGGUAUCUCACCCUAUCACAAACACAACCGGAGAAUACCAAGUUCUUCAACAAAAUUUUCUUGCACAAAACAUGAACAGUGUGAACCAUCAGUUCCAAAGUGGUGAUCUAUGAACUUGGUGUUUAUCUGUUUACAUUUCCCAGUUGCUACAAUUCAUCCACGUAAGGUUUCUGAUUAUUUUGUACAUGAUAUUCAUUUAAUGUUGAUGCUGUUAUUCAUCCUGCAAACAAUGUCAAAUGGAGCAUUUAAGCGUCAC